UGGGAGAUUAGGGAAGAGAAAAUGAUCCCAGAAUGGAUUGAUUAGAAAAGUCCUCCAGAGACAAAGAGUGUGGUUUCUAUGAGCUGGUGAGGGGGAGCCUCGACUGGAGCCCAAGUGUGUGUGGCCGAAGAACAGCCUCAUGUCUUCAGGCGUAUUUAUGAGGAAAUGGGAGAGAGUCGAAGGGACAGAAAUCAGGGAGUUUUCUGAGUCCCGAUGGAAGUGGUAGAGCGGGUCACCCUGGGAAUGGCUGGAGCAGUACAGAGUGCGGAGGUGGGGAUGUUACUACAUGUGUGAGGGCUGAGGGAUGGCUGGAGUGGGACAGUGGGAAUGGAGAGAGGAACGUGACCGGUAGAAUAAAGGCGGAAAAGAUGCUUUCUUGGAGGGACUCCCUGAGUUGAAAGCACAGAUAGCAACGGUGAUUGGCUGUGAUGAUGUUGAAGGAUUAUUCUUCCUUCUUCAGUGCCUGCCUGUGCAGGUGUACAACUCUCCACCUGGAGAGCUGAAGAAAGGUUCUGCAGUCCUUUUGGCUUAUCUCCAUCGGGCAUCCUACCUCUCACCCAUUUGGGGGUGAGGAGGUGAGGGUGAAUGCCCAUUUCUGCCUUCAGAGAAUGAGGACAGAGUUGUUCCUACGUGAAUGUCUGAUUUAGUCUUACACCCCACCAGUUCCCAGUUCACCUCACAUUGUACUUCAGACUCAGCUGUGAGGAGUUCCUAGAGGCCUUGCUUGUUUUAGGCCAGCUUCAUGGAUCCACAUUCAUUUCUCCACCUUACAUUAAAGCUCUGCCGUCAUGUUUUACAAUUGCUUUAACCUCAACAACAUCCCAUACAAUUAAGACUCAUGGAGAGGUUUCUCAUGGAUGGAUUUCAGCCACAGCAGCUGUCCACAUACGCUCUGACUCUGUAUAAACACACGGCCACAGUAGACGGCAAGACCAUCCUUGUGGACUUCUGGGAUACGGCAGGCCAGGAGCGGUUCCAGAGCAUGCAUGCCUCCUACUACCACAAAGCUCACGCCUGCAUCAUGGUAUUUGAUGUCCAGAGGAAAAUCACCUAUAAGAACCUGGGUACCUGGUAUGCAGAGCUUCGGGAGUUCAGGCCGGAGAUCCCAUGCAUCCUGGUGGCCAAUAAAAUUGAUGCAGACAUACAGAUGACUCAAAAGAACUUCAGUUUCGCCAAGAAGUUUUCCCUGCCCCUGUACUUCGUCUCAGCUGCCGAUGGUACCAAUGUGGUGAAGCUCUUCAAUGACGCAAUUCGAUUAGCUGUGGCUUAUAAGGAAAGCUCCCAGGACUUCAUGGAUGAGGUUUUACAGGAGCUUGAGAACUUCAAGUUGGAGCAGAAAGAGGAAGAUACACCAGACCAAGAGCACAGUGGCAUGGUCAAGAGCCCGUCUCCUUCUUAAUCAAGAGGACACCCACACGUGGCUGAGUAGGGGUAUCAGGGAGCCAUUUGGAAUGCCCAACAUCUCUCCUCAACUUCCUGCAAACCCACUGUUCUGUGGUCCAUGAUGAGGUCAACACAAACACACUAGACAGGCAUGCUAUCCCACCAACUUCCUACAGCAGGAUGAGGGAUCCAUGUCUUUCGAAUCUCCCCACCCCACCAGCAGCCUGGCAGUGUAGAAUCAGUGAACAUGCUCAUGUUUUCUUACCAGACAUGCAAUGUUUGUUGUCUUUCAUCCCAAACUGACCUCAGGGAUUCUCCUUGCUGCUGACAGGACUGCUGGCCCCUAACUACGCUGUGUCCUGCAGAAUCUGUGGCCUCUGUCCCUUUGCCCUCUGAGUCUCCCAGCCAACUUUUUCAACAAUAUUUUGGACAGACGACUGUUGAUUCCAGAUUUUUUUAGUGCUGUUUCAGGAGCUGUUCUAGGUCAGGUUGAGAGCACAGGAACAGGACUCUGUUGCAGUCACGUGAAAACACACCAAGUCUAGCCAUAUCUGGUCAUAUCCGCACAUUAUUAUUGCCCACCACGUGAACAACAGCUUCUUUUGAAGCCUCCAUCUCAGGGUAGAAAGUGUCCCUCCACCUGUCUAGCAUCUUCUGUGGGUGGCAGGAAAUGGCAUGAAGAGCUGCCCUGCUUCCUGCAGCUUGCUGGCCUGCACUUAUGAUUGUCUUCAGCAUCAUUUCCAUUGUCUUUAUUAUUUUGUUUGUAUUGUUUCCUUUUGUACAAUAAAGAUUAAAUUUCAUAAACA